CGCGACAAUCUCUCACGCGAAAGAAGAAGCCGGUAGGGUGAAUAGAGCGUGUACCUCCGUCUAGUCACUUUUCAGCUGAUAAAAUGUAUUAUAAAUUCAGUGGAUUCACGCAGAGAUUGACAGGAUCUCUGCCAUCAUCAGCCCAUAACCCUCAGGGUUUGAGGCCAGGUGUGCCUUCUGAAGCCCCUACUAUGAUCUUUGCCACUCCUACCAAACUGGUUUCUGAAUCUGGACCUUCUCUGGAGUACAUGUCUGCAAACAAGGUUCCAGACCUCCAGAGGAUAUUUCAAUCUUCAGAUGGGAUUCCAGUACACCUUAAGCGGGGUGUUCCUGACCGGCUCUUGUACAGGACCACCAUGGCCCUAACAAUCGGAGGUGCUCUCUACUGUCUGGUGGCGCUCUACAUAGCUUCACAGCCCAAGAAUAAGUGAACACUACCCAGCCUCUUCUCAUCUCCCCUCAUCAGUAUUUAUGAACCUUCCAUGGACAACAGUACAUUACCAUGAUAUAUAUUUGUCAAUGGUGUUUUAAGUCUGAGGAGAAUAGGGAGGACGCCCAGCUCUAAGCAGUUGAAAAGGGGGCUCUGUGUUGGGUCCAUUUUUACAGCAGUGUUGACUGACUGCAUCGUAAUACUGUUAUUUCAUCUUGGUUGCCGUCAUGGUUUUGUUGAAAUGAGAGGGUCUGAGAAAGGCAAAAGCUGUAUCUAGUGGAGGGGAGGCCUUUGGGCCAGAGAAGAGAAUAUCAGAUUACCUGCUGGGGUAACACCAAUUAUUUUAUAGACAUUUCUGUAUAUGCCUCUAUCAUGUUACGUUAUUGUAGCAUUUUACACUGAUGACUGAUUGGUGUGCUUUAAUCCUCAUGGUGUUGCUCUUUUUACAUUUCCUGCCAAAAACUGGUCUUUUUUUUUUUUUUUUGAGGACAAAAUUACCUUUUCAGCGGGGCUUGAUUUUGGGGUUUUAGAAAUGUACAAAAAUAGCAAAUAAAAGGGAUAUGAAAUUAUAUGUACAAAAAUAAUAAAUUUGAAGCAAUUGCA